CAUUUUGUUCGACCAAGCUUCUAAUCUUCUAUGUACCUCUAUCUCUUAUAAGUUAUAUCUCUUGCUUCCCAUUUCCUAAGGUAAAAAAUCAAAACACAAAAGGUAAAAAAAUAUUGUAAAUGCCAAAGAGUAACAUAAGCAGCAAUCCCGAUUCCGAUGAGCUUCAUGGGAAGACGACGAGAUUGCGUCGUCAUGAUUCUCUUGACCUUGAAUCCUCUAAUGUCAAAGGCCACUAUGCCGGUGCUGGACAUUUCGCCAAGAAUGCAAGUUGGGCAGUGGUAUUAAGUUUGGCAUUUCAAAGUCUUGGAGUGAUAUAUGGAGAUAUUGGUACGUCGCCACUUUAUGUGUUUGCAAGCACCUUCACCGACGGAAUUAAACAUACAGAUGAUAUUUUGGGUGUUCUUUCUCUCAUUUACUACACCAUUACUUUGAUUCCCGUUAUCAAGUACGUCUUCAUCGUCUUGAGGGCUAACGACAAUGGAAAAGGUGGAACAUUUGCGUUGUAUUCUCUACUAUGUCGAAAUGCAAAGGUAGGUUUAUUACCAAGUCAACAAGUUGAAGAUCAAGAAGUGUCGAACUACCAACUUGACUUGCCAACCAAGUGCAACCAAUUAGGCGUUUCAUUGAAGCUCAAAACCUUCUUAGAAAACAGCAAAAUUUCCAAGUACAUUCUUUUGAUUGUCACUAUGCUUUCUACUUCUUUGGUCAUUGGAGAUGGUGUCCUCACUCCAUCUAUCUCAGUUUUGUCUGCCAUUGGAGGACUGAAAGGAGCGUCGCCUGUUUUCACCGAAGGAAGGGUUGUUUGGAUAUCAAUUGGGAUAUUGAUUCUACUAUUUUCAGCUCAAAGAUUUGGGACAGACAAAGUAGGAUAUAGUUUUGCACCAAUAGUCACAGUUUGGUUUCUAUUCAAUGCCGGAAUUGGUGUCUACAAUUUCGCAAAAUACGAUCCUACAGUUAUCAAGGCAGUAAAUCCAUGGUACAUUGUUCAGUAUUUUAGAAGGCAUGGAAAAGAUGCUUGGAUCUCCCUUGGUGGUGUUUUCCUUUGUAUAACAGGAACUGAAGCAUUAUUUGCUGAUGUUGGACAUUUCUCUGUUAAAUCAAUCCAACUAAGUAUGUCUUUUGUUACAUAUCCUGCGCUCAUGUUAACAUACUCGGGCCAAGCCUCUUUCCUUCGCUUGCACCAAAAUCAAGUUAAAGAUACCUUCUAUGACUGCAUACCAGGUCCAUUGUACUGGCCAAUGUUUGUUGUAGCAGUUCUAGCAACAAUAGUAGCAAGUCAAGCUAUGAUAUCCGGAACAUUCUCCAUCAUCCAACAAUCUCUUGCUCUAGGAUGCUUCCCUCGUGUUAAAGUUGUUCAUACAUCAGCCAAAUACGAAGGCCAAGUUUAUAUCCCUGAAAUUAAUUACUUCCUAAUGUUGGCUUGUGUUGGCGUCACUCUUGGCUUUAGAACUACCGAAAACAUAGGUCAUGCUUAUGGCAUUGCGGUGGCAUUUGCAGAGACGAUCACAUCAGCUUUCAUGGUGCUUGUUAUGCUUGUAAUAUGGAAGAAGCACAUAGCACUAGUUAUCCUAUACGUGUGCUGCAUUUGGUCGGUGGAGUUAAUUUACUUGAGUUCAGUACUCUACAAGUUCCCGCAUGGUGGAUAUUUUCCAAUAGCAUUAGCUAGUGUCUUCCUUGCUCUAAUGGUGAUAUGGAACUAUGUAUACCGGAAGAAGUACUACUACGAAAUGGACAACAAAAUAUCACCCAAUACUCUAAGAGAUAUCGCGAAUCAAACCAAUAUGAGUCGUAUUCCCGGGUUAGCAAUCUUCUACUCGGAGCUUGUUGAUGGAAUCCCUCCUAUCUUCGGCCAUUACGUGGAGAACAUAUCUGUGUUACACUCGGUACUUGUCUUCGCAUCUGUUAAAUCGUUGCCUAUUAGUACAGUCCCAGCAGAAGAGCGGUUUCUAUUCCGUAGAGUCCACCCUAGGGAGCUCUAUGUGUUCCGUUGUGUGGUAAGGUACGGAUAUACCGAUGCUCGUAACGAGGAAGAACCCUUUGAGAGGUUGUUAAUUGAUAGAUUGAAGGAGUUUAUUAAGGAUGAGUUCUGGGUUUAUACUCAGAAAGAUCAUCCUCUGAGCCUACAACAUGUUCAAGAGCACGAAAGUAGUGAUCAUAUUCAUGAAGGUGAUCAUAAUAUUGAAAAUACGUUGACUAGGGCUAACGAGGAAGCAUUAGAAAAGGAAAUCGAGGUGGUCGAUAAGGCAUGGAAUUCAGGGGUUGUACACAUGAUGGGUGAAAGUCAAGUGGUGGCGAACAAAGGAGCUAGUAUUGGGAAGAAGAUUGUUAUUGAUUUUGCAUUCAAUUUUAUGAAGAAGAACUUAAGACAAAGUGAUAAGAUGUUCGACAUUCCUCGUAAGCGUUUGCUUAAGGUUGGGAUGACCUAUGAGCUCUAAUCAUGGUGAAAACUUAAAACUUUCACUUAACUACUAUCUCCGUUUUUUAAUUCUUCUGGUUACACUUCUACUUUAUUCCUAUUUCGAUAACCUUUUUAAUUUUUAUCAUACAAAAGUCACUUAUUCCCCGUACAACAUUCUCAAUUUUUCUUUCAUUUCUUACGAAACCUCACUCUAACUACACUCUCGCCUACCUAUUUCUUAGCCAUAUAUACUCCACUUUUUAUACUCUCUCCCAUAUUCCCAUGGUGUUCAUAUCUACCGUAUUUGUAACCAACAUUAGAGUCGGAGGUGUACUUUUAUUUCAAGCAACAAGUUCUUCUAAUCAAAUUGAUGGUAUUUGGGUUAAUAACACUUAACUUCGUGUAUUUAUCAUUUGUGAGCAUAUUUGUUUUGAUUUCAAUUUGGAAAAGUAAUCGCGAAAGCACUAAAUACUUUUUCAUUUAAAUUAUAUAUUAUACAUUAUGUAUUAUAUCUACAUUAUACUUAUGUCAUUGUGUGAAAUCUGUCUAAAGUACAUCCAUAUAUACUAAUGUAAUAAAUCAUAUUAUUACAUUUUCAA